AUGGGGAAACUCAAACAUUUUUCUAUUAAGGAGGUGUAUAAAGAUUUAUCUAACUCUAAUUAUGAUCACCAUUUUCAUGCUUGGCAUAAGGUGUGGCACAAGGCGAUACCUUCGAAAAUUUCAUGUUUUGGUUGGAGAUUAUCUUAUAAUAGUUUAGCUACUAAGAAUAAUCUUUAUAGAAGGAAUGUCAUUGGUCAAGGAUCCAGUCGGUGUAUCGGGGACUGUGUCGCUAUUGAAUCUAUACCUCAAUUAUUUUUCGAGUGCCCUUAUUUUUCAGGUAUAUGGCAAUCAGUUUGCAAGUGGUUACAUAUUUCCACUGCUUUGCACAGAGAAAGUAUGGAGCAUUUUGUUCAAUUUGAAGGUCUGUUUGGAGAUGAUAAGGAAAACUCACCGAAAGCCCAAGUGAUUUUGUUUGCAUGUGUAUGGAGCAUUUGGAAAGCUAGGAACGCAAAAAUCUUUUGUAACAAAGAAGUGGAAUCAGAGAAGAUAAUUGAAGACACGACCGAGUAUUCUUGGAAGUGGUUGUCAUCAGUCAACGCGGAUGUGAAAUUCAACUAUGAUCAAUGGAGGACAAAUCCUAGGCCAUGUCUCGGCCUAUGA